CUUUUGUAACGUACACACGCCGCGUACGACGCACACCGCCGAAGUGAAACGCCUUUUUAGCCGCGCGAGUUUUCGCACACGCCGUGUCCCUGCGAUCACAGCUCAGUCGAUACAAUCAAGCGAAUGCGGCAGGUUUCUUCUUGGAUCUUAAUUUUAUUUCCUCCCGAUGUAUAUUUCAAACACUUUAUUGUCAUAUUAUUAUAAAUAACGAUAUACCGAUUACGUAUUACCGUACUGAUAUUGACAACGAUCAUCACGAAUAAACGCGAAUCGAAAAUAUUAUAACGCAUUCGCUGACGAAUCGAAAACAACGCCACAUCGGCCGCUUGCACGCGGCUCCAAAAAUCGUCGCCGCCCAUGUUGUACCAGAGCGGUCGCCGCGACCAGGCGACGGCCCGCGACGUUUCGCCGGCGACGACGACAACGACGACGCCGCCGCCACCGCCGCACCCGGUCGUGCACAUAUGUUACAACCGCGACCGACCCGGAACCGACUUCCGCUCGUCGUCCCAUCGUCAUCACAUGACUAUGGCGUCGUCAGAGGUCUAACAAGGAGUAUGGGAAGAGAGGCAUGGGCCUACGGCUGGACCAGAGACUAUUUAGCAAAGUCACGGUAGUCUUCGCAGCUCUCGUUCUCUCGCUGUUCAACAGGGUCCUAGUCUCAACUACCGGGUCGACGUUCAACGAUGCUGUACACAUCACGGCCAUCGUGGGCGAAUCAGUCGUGUUCAACUGCCAAGUGGAGUUCCCAGCCGAACACCCUGUGCCUUACGUUUUACAGUGGGAGAAAAAAGGUCUUGACAUACCUAUAUUCAUUUGGUAUGACAACUAUCCCACUCACAGCGGUUCGGGAUAUGAAGGCCGAGUGGCUAGAGUCUCUCAGGACUCUCCAUACGGUCUCGCUUCGCUCAACUUGACCAAUAUACAAGAGUCGGACCAAGGUUGGUACGCCUGCAAAGUUGUGUUUCUCAACCGGUCACCAACCAAUAAAAACGGCACGUGGUUUCAUCUAGACGUCCACGCUCCUCCGAAAUUUGUCACCAUCCCCGGUGAAGUACAAUACAUAAAUGUCGGAGAUUCUAUUAUUCUAAACUGUCAGGCUGUGGGGACACCUACGCCCGAAAUCGUGUGGUUCAAAGACGCCACAGACGUGCAGCCGACGACCACUGUGGGCAUAUUCAAUGAUGGCACUGAACUGAGGAUAUCUAACAUCCGAACUGAGGACAUCGGGGAUUACACAUGCAUCGCCAGAAAUGGCGAAGGACAAAUAAGCCAUACGGCUAGGGUUUUAAUAGCAGGGGGAGCUGUAAUCAUGUCGCCUCCGACUAACCAGACAAAACUGGAAGGCGAGAAAGUCGAAUUCACAUGUGGUGCCAAGGCCAUGCCAGGUAAUGUCACUGUCCGAUGGUCUCGUGACGGAGCUUUUGUGAAGUCGAUUUCAUCGCUGGAAACCAGAGUAACCAUCAAAAAAGAUGGUUCUAUGGUUAUAAACCCCGUCAGCGCUGAUGACUCGGGCCAAUAUCUCUGUGAAGUCAGCAACGGCAUUGGUGAUCCACAAUCCGCGUCUGCCUAUUUGAACGUUGAAUAUCCAGCCAAAGUUACAUUCACGCCGACCGUACAGUAUUUACCGUUCAGAUUAGCUGGUGUUGUUCAAUGUUACAUUAAAGCCAACCCCCCUUUACAAUACGUCACAUGGACUAAAGACAAACGUUUGCUUGAGCCUUAUCAACAAAAAGACAUCGUUAUUAUGAACAACGGUUCUCUGUUAUUUACCAGGGUCAAUCAAAACCACCAGGGCAGAUACACUUGUACACCCUACAAUGCACAGGGUACUCAAGGAUCAUCCGGGCAAAUGGAAGUGUUGGUGAGAAAACCUCCAACAUUUACAGUUGAACCAGAGAACAUGUACCAGCGCAAAAUCAGCGAAUCGGUAGAGAUGCAUUGCGACGCACAAGAAGCUGAAGGCACGCAAAAGCCCAAGAUUCAAUGGCAAAGAAGAGAUGGGGCUCCGUUGCCUAAAGGUCGUCAUAGCAUACACGGUGGCAAUAUCACAAUAGAAAACCUCAGAAAAACCGAUUUCGGAUAUUAUCACUGUGUUGCGAGUAACGAAGUGGCCACAAUAGUUACAACCACUCAUUUGGUCGUCGAAGGCACUCAACCGCAUGCCCCUUAUAACGUCUCAGCAAACGCUUCCGAGACGACCGUUACACUGCAGUGGCUACCAGGUUAUAGCGGCGGUCCCGAUUACAAACAGGACUAUACGAUUUGGUACAAAGAACCAGGGAUGGCCGACUGGUCUACAAUACCUGUUACUCCAUCGGGGAGCACCCAAGUCACUAUAAACAGACUAACUCCGGACACGACAUAUGAGUUUCAAGUGGUAGGAAAGAACGCGUUGGGCGAUGGAAUGCUUAGCAAAGUUAUUUCGAUCAAGACACUGGCAGCCGUACCAUUAACCGUGGCCAAAAAAACAAGUCCCGCGCCACCGGUCACCGAGUUAACUCCUCCCCCAAGCGACGACGUUGUCGACUAUAGCGACCUCAUUUUACCCACUGAAUCUUCUGGUGCUACAUUAUACCCACCGGUAUUCAGACCAAAAGGACCAAAACCUGGACCACCGAGAAAUGUAUCUAUCGCCGAAGUCUACAAUGGCUUCGUCAUAUCUUGGCAAGCUCCAUUAGAAAGAGCUCAUCUAGUCCGCUACUACGUCAUCAACUAUAAAACAGAUGGGAUUUGGAGAACUUUGAAUAAAGCUCAAAUUAGAGCAGAGGAUACUCGUUAUCUGGUAAAAAGUCUAGUGGGAGGUCGUACCUAUUAUUUCCGAGUGGUCGCGUACUCUUUAAAAAGUUUCGAAAACAGCGAAGAAAUCAAAUUCCCCGUACCGGCCAGAGUGAAACACAAGGCCAUCACUGCGGGUGUCGUUGGUGGGUUAUUGUUCUUCAUCGUCGCUAUAAUAUUGUCCGUGUGCGCGGUAAAGAUUUGCAACAAGAGAAAACGAAGAAAACACGAAAAAGCUUAUAACAUGGUCGCGUGUAGAAUUACGGACGCCAGAAAUGGCGGCCAAAUACCGGGGACUAGUCAAGUGCCUUUAAAAAAGAUAACAGGUGAAGAGCUAGCAAGCUGUUGAGCCGCACAAAUUCAAAAUAAUAUUGAUCUAGAUCAACCCGAAUAUCAAGUCUGAGCAGCGGAUGCAACGUCGUUCUAAACAUGGUGGCGCGGCCGUCCCGUUCGAGUUCGUUCC